AUGAUUCGUUUUCGUUCGUCCGUUGCAAAGAAAGUAAAUUUUCGUCGUUUGGAACGCGAAGAACAACGAAAACGAUUACACUAUUUGUUCGAUAAACAUAAUCCAAUAGACAGUGAAUGUGAAGAUAAUUAUGACGAAGAUAAUGACAAUGAACCAUCAAUGCAAACACAGUCUACAGCAUCAUUGCCACAUAUUGACUAUCCAAUUUCUCCAUGUGAUAAACUGAAUUAUAUGAAUGAUGAAAUUAACAAUUAUUUACCUAAUAAUCGUUUAUUAAAUGAAGAAAAUGAAACACCAUUAUUCAAUGGUAGCUCAAUAACACUCAACCAAGCUGUACACAAAUUGGUCUCGUUCUUUAACGACUUCAACAUAAAUAAGCGUGCUGUCAUUCAACUACUUCGUAUUAUUAAAAUAUUUUUACCAAAGCCAAAUCGAUUGCCCACCACUUGGAAAGGUAUCAUGAAAGUUCUUGGACGUGUAUCUACAUCAAGAGCCACCUUCUUAUGUUCAGCUUGUCUUCAACAGUGUCAAAGAAGUCGUUAUGGUACAAAGUCAUGUCGUAAUGAACGAUGCUCUGUAAAAAACCGAACCAUGAAAAGCAAUGACAUAGUAGAAUUAGUCCAUUUGGACAUUCGCACACAGGUACAAUCGAUUUUACUCAGAAAUCAGCUGUUGCUUAAUCGCAAGGAAUUGUAUCCGAUGACUGAUAUUUGUUACGGUGAAUUCUAUUGCAAUAAGUCUAAUGUUACAACUAAUCGCAUUACAUUUAUCGUUCAUGUAGAUGGAUCGCCGUUGAUCAAAUCAUCAAAGCAAAGUAUGUGGCCUUGUUUUGCAUCAAUUGUAGAAUUGCCUCCACCAAUACGUGACUAUCAAAAGAAUAUUGUUUUACUAUCACUAUGGACAUCAAGAGUUAAACCUGAUCCAGAUGUAUUCUUGCACGAAACUAUUGAAGAACUUAAAUUACUCAUUAAUAAUGGAACAUCAAUAUUCAUCAAUGGACAAGAAUACGUAAUUUCUUUUGGAACGCAAUAUUUUAUAUCUGAUCUUCCUGCCAAAGCUUUAUUUUGUAAAACUAUCAAUUUCAAUGGUUAUUCGGCCUGCACCGAAUGUCACAGCACAGGUAUGUUUAGUGAUUUUACAAACUAUUUGUAUGGUACGAUUUAA